GCAUCGGACGUAGGUCUCAUUGACCUCAGUCCAAAAAUCAGUCCAACAAACCAAGGAGAGGGGGCCGGAGUAUGACAGGGUAUGUUGCUAGGUUACCAGCGACGCGUAACAUUGGCCACAAGGUUUGGCUCUGGUCCGGUUCUGGUCCUCAUCUGGGUAGGCUACCCCAACAGCAUGUUGCCGAAAUGGUUAAAAUAUAAAGCAUGGCUUUGGAAGACAACUCGGCUGUUCCUGAAUUAAUAGGCGUUCGACACUUCGACAUUUAUGAGAGUUAUUCAUGUAGGUCUACCCCAAGGCAUGCCAUUUCUGAAGAACACCAACAAAGUCCAACCCCUGGCCAAGUUAUGGGACACGAAGGCCCAGAAAAAUGGACAGCGUAACACAGUGUAUUCUGUAAAUGGAGAUAAAUACACCGGGGAAUGGCAGGACAACAAGAAACAAGGAAAAGGAACUCAGAUUUGGAAAAAGGCAGCUGCGUUCUAUGAUGGAGACUGGAAGCUUGGAAAGCGCGAGGGAUAUGGCACUUUCAGCAAACUAUGUCCAAAAACCAACCGAUAUGCAAGACUCUACUCUGGUGAAUGGAAAAAUGACAAAAAACACGGACAGGGAACAUACUACUACAGCACGACGGCUGUAUAUAAGGGCGAGUGGAGGGAUGGCCGGAGGAGUGGCAGGGGGAGAAUGCACUAUGACAACGGAGACAUAUACGAGGGGGCGUGGCUUCACGACAAGCAUCACGGAUUGGGGAUGAUCCAGCUGGCAAACGGAAACCGAUACGAGGGCAGCUGGCAGGACGGAAAGAAGAAUGGCCAAGGAAGGUUCCUAUUCUGGGAGCGAGGUCAGAUUUACAAAGGCCUCUGGGUGGACGGAGUCUGUAAAUGUGGUACACUGUCUGAUUACGGAAGAGAUGACGCUCCAAUGCCAUCCAAGAGUCCCUUCCCAAAGGUGGGGCUGUUGGAUGCACAGUCGGUUUUGAUGGAGGCAGAAUCAACCUUCGUGAAAAUGUUAUUUUAAUCAUUGGUCUUUAGAAUUAAGUCAGUGCCUUAUUCUCAAUGCAGCAGUCUGAAGGACGCCAUGAGAUAAAUGUGACUGGCAAAAUAUUUUUGCCAGAGAAAAGUGUUUUCUCAAAGCAACUCAAAAAAUAAAUAAAGACCAUCUAAAAUACAAAGUC